AUGAAUUCCUUUUUUCUUUAUUUAUUUCAUUUUCAUUCCUUCCUUCGUUCUUUUUCAUUCUUUUUUCUUUCUUUCCUUGUUCUCUGCUUUUUCUCAGACAUGUUCUUUUUUUCUUUCUCUUUUUUUUUCUCUUUCUUACAUUUUUUUAUCCCUUUUUUGAUUUACACUUUCGUCCAGCAAAUAUUUUCUGAUUUUUAUCUCUCUUCUCUACUCACUCUUUUUACCUUGUUUUUCUUCUUUAAACCGAUAAUCCCUAUCAUUUCCCUCCCCUCUCACUUUAUCACUUCUUUCUCGUUUCCUCUCCCUCUCUUUUGCUCCAAAUCAUUUUACGUUUCCUUAUCGUUUAUCCAAUUGUCACAUUUUCAUCUCUCAUUCGUCUUCACUCGUCCUACUCUCUCUCUCUCUCUCUCUCUAUCUAUCUAUCUAUCUAUCUAUCUCUCUCCCAAUCCCUUGUUUCUUUCUUUCGCUUUAAAUUCCCAUAACUACAAGGCAAAUCAGUGUCUUCGUGUCCCUUGCCUUUCUUUCUCAUUGUUUUGCCAAUUCCUUAUUUUUUAUUCACCCAACAUCCGAGAUUUUCUUUCUUUCUUUCCUUCUUUCUUUUUUCUUUCUUUCUUUCUUUCUUUCUUUCUUUCUUUCUUUCUUUCUUUCCUUCUUCCUUUCUUUUUCUCUCGCUUUUCCACACGAAACGGACUUUCGCUUUCUCUUCAUCUAUUAUUUAUUUAUUUGAUUUAA